AGUCCUACGUUCACACUUGUGCUACUCACUUUGUUUCUGUUUUCGUGAACCCUUGUCACUGUUUCUCUUCAAUGCUUUUUGCGCGUUAAGAGUACGAUCUUAGCUUGUUUUGGUUUGCUUCACGCGUUUGUGCAGAAUUUUUCUUAUGCUUGCAAGUUAUUGUUUGGCUCACAUCUCAAAGCCCCCAAAUUUGUGAAAUAGAUCAAAAGGGUGACGCCAUAAUUUAUCAUUAGAUCAAAAGUAAUCACUCUCUGCAAAUUCUUGUUUUCUUCAAUUGCUCUCAAAGGUACUGAGUUUGAAUUCUUUAUUAGAUCAUUUGAAUUGAAAGAAUGGGGUUACACAUGAGCAAGAAGACCCAUGAAACAUCAUCCGGAAUUAACUUCAAUACAGAUAUGGCAACUGAACUGAGGUCAUAUGAGGAUGCAUGGAAACUUGAUUCUGAUUUGCAGUCUUUUGAUACCACAGUCCAAGCUCGAGCGAAUCAAGUCAUGAAUACUCUGGCAGUUGGAGUUGAGGUUCGGUCCCUUUCUUUUGAGUCUCUGAAACAAGUCACAGAGUGCCUUCUGGAAAUGAAUCAGGAAGUUGUCAAGGUGAUCUUAGACUGCAAGAAAGAUAUAUGGAAGAAUCGAGAACUGUUUGAACUUGUUGAGGAGUACUUUGAUAACAGCUUGCAGACUCUAGAUUUCUGCACUGCAUUGGAGAAGGGCCUGAAACGAGUCAGGGAUAGCCAAUUGCUUAUUCUUGUGGCCCUUCAACAAUUUGAGGAGGAAACCGGGUUGGGAGAGAAGCGCUAUAUCAGAACAUUACAGGAACUGAAGAAUUUCAAGGCAGCUGGUGACCCUUUCAGUGAAGAAUUCUUCCAAAUGUAUCAAUCUAUUUACAACCAGCAGAUACUCAUGCUUGAGAAAUUGCGAGUGAGACAAAGCAAGCUUGAUAAGAAAGCUAAACAAAUCCACACCUGGAGGAAAGUAUCAAGUAUGAUAUUUGUGGCUACAGUUGCUGCUGUGUUGAUCUGUUCAAUUGUGGCUGCAGCAAUUGCUACUCCACAUGUUGCAGCUGCUCUAGCUGCUGUUACUGCAGUCCCAAUUGGUUCAAUGGGAAAGUGGAUUGACUCCUUGUUGAAGAACUAUGAAACUGUUGUGAGAGGACAGAAGGAAGUAAUUGUCUCGAUGCAAGUUGGAACCUAUGUUGCUAUAAAGGACUUGGACAACAUUCGGGUCCUCAUUGAUAGGUUGGAAAUUGAGAUUGAAUCUCUUUUGCAGAAUGUGAAAUUUGCCAUUGAGGAUGAUGCUGUGAAGGUUGCAAUAGAAGAGAUCAAGAAGAAGUUGGAAGUUUUUAUGAAGAAUGUUGAAGAUUUAGGAGGGCAAGCUGAUACUUGUAGCAGAGACAUUAUAAGAGCUAGAACUGUGGUUCUACAAAAAAUCAUAAAGCUUCCCCACACUUAAAGCUACAACUGUUCCAGUAACUCUUGCUUCUAAGACAGUUCAUUUGUUCUGUUUCUGUUUCUUGUGAAAUUUCAUGAUUUCCAGAUAUUAUUGAUUCAUGAAAGUUGUGUUUAUGCUGUAAAUAAUGGAAAAAUUGCUGACAUGUAGUACUUUGGUUUGUGUAGGAAGCUAAAACUUAUUCUUUUGAGACAAUAUUACACCAAUUCAUGUAUUUAUUAUUAUUAUUAUUAUUUUGUGAGAUA